AAAAAAAAGGAAAAAUGAAAUGUUCCAAUUGUAUGAAUAAAAAUAUAAAAUACAAAAAUCAAUUCUCACUUUUGUUACGAUUGAAUAAAAUACGUAAUUAUUUUAUCACAACAGUAUACAGAAAUAUUUUCACGAUAUAUCAAAGUAAAUGAAUGUAUAAAUUUCGUUUUAUAGAGAAAAAUGAGAAAAAAAAAAACAAGCAAUACAAAUUCGUAGAGUAAUAGAACGAAGGGGUUCUAUUGAUAUCGUAUACGUCAUUGGCGAGAAUACAAUGGCGCCGCCAAGCGGUGAGUCAGGAAACUCAUUUAGUCAACAUGGCCACGGCGCGAGAAACUCUCGUGUCUUUCGUCGGUCUCGUCAGUGUCUCCUCGGGAGUCCGUACGUCUGUUCGUUCGUUCGUCGUGUUCUAUAAAAUUUUUACGCGUAACUUAAUUCGUAUCCUCAAUUCAUUUCGUUUUCGAACAUCGACAUAAUAAUACAUAUCCGGAUUAAAAGAGUUUUGUGUGAUACGUUAAGAAAAUAAAGGGAGGGAUUGAAAUAACGCGAUAAAGGAGAUAGAAAUAAACUUCGCCGUAAGAAUUACUAUCAAGAGUAACAUCACAACCACUUACAAAAUCAGUAAACCACUAAAUCAGUAAACCACCACCAGUACUAGCACCAGCACCAGCACCAGCACCAGCACCAGCACCAGCACCACCGUCGUCGUCGUCGUCGGUGUCGUCUACGUCGUCGUUGUCGUCGUCGUCGUCGUCAUCUUCGUCAUCGUCAUCGUCAUUAUUAUCACCAUCAUAUACGAAGGCGAGCGUCGAGGACGAAGAUGGCCGAGAGUAAAGGAGCGCUGAUUGCGAAGACAGUGCAAAAGCACGCGGGUAGAGCGAAAGAGAAGUUCCUUCAGAAUCUCGGGAAGGUCGACAGAACAGCGGACGACAUACUUGACGAGCACCUACAGAACUUCACGAGACAGCAAUAUUCCGCCAACAGGCUGCAAAAGGAGUUCAACAAUUACAUCAGGUGUGUUCGAGCCGUACAAGUGGCUUCGAAAACAUUGAUGGACUCGCUCAAUGAAAUCUACGAGAGUCAAUGGACUGGUCAUGAUCUUCUUUAUGUGCAAGCACAAAACUUGGAUAUGCUGUGGCAGGAUUUUACUCACAAACUUGCGGACCAAGUGCUCGUACCUCUCAAUACAUAUCAAAGCCAAUUUCCUGAGAUGAGAAAAAAAAUUGACAAACGUGGAAGAAAAUUAGUGGACUAUGAUAGUCAAAGACACAAUUUCCAAUCGCUCCAAUGUAAUCUAAAGAAGAGAGAUGAAAUUAAAGUAUCACGAGGCAAGGAACUUUUAGAAGAAGCUAAACGUACAUACGAACAAUUAAACUCCGAACUUCACGACGAAUUGCCAGCUUUGUACGAUUCGCGUGUUUUAUUCCUUGUGACCAAUUUACAAACUUUAUUCGCUGCCGAACAAGUUUUUCAUGCCGAGAGUGCCAAGGUCUAUUCCGAAUUAGAGGCAAUUGUUGAUAAACUUGCCAAUGAAAGUCAGAGAGGAUCUUAUACGUUGAAAAAGAACACCGAACCCCAAUCUCCAAAAUCACCAAAUGCCAACUCAACUUUAAUAAUAAAUACACAACCAUCGCAAAACAACAUCUCAGCAGCUGUGGAGGACUCGGUACCACCAGCUAGAGAUACGUCGCCAACAACCCAAUUAAAUGGCAAUGCUAACAGCAAUGCUAAUAGCAAUGAUAAUUCUCUCAAUAAUCAAGAUGCUUCUCCGCAAAGUACAGUCGUACCUACCAAAUGUGUUGAAGAAUUAUAUGAUAUUCCAGUCGAUUACGAUAGGUCCAUCACUAAUGGUGCGGAUUCGGUAAUUUUAGACGUGGAAUAUGAAAAUGGUACCAAUUUCUCUGCAGGGGCGACAACGGACAAUUUGCCACCUGGUGUUUUGUAUAGGGUCAAGACUACAUAUAAAUACAGUCAGGAAGACGUGGAUGAAUUGUCCUUUGACGUUGGUGAAAUAAUACGCGUUGUAAAAUAUGAUGACCCAGAAGAACAGGAAGAGGGCUGGUUAAUGGGUAUCAAAGAGGGUACGAAUGAAAAAGGAAUGUUUCCAGCAAACUUUACAAAGCCACUGUGAAAGCUUUUUCAAGUUUAUCCUUUAUUAUCAGAAUGCUCACAGAAAUGUCAUCUUGAUAAUUUUAUAAGGUAAUUCAAUGAAUGUAAUACCGAAGCAAAAAUAUAAUCCACUCUGAGUUCAUCGGAGAGAGAGAGAGAGAGGGGGGGGAGGUAUUACAUAUGAGUCGUAAUGAUAGAGAAAAUUAAUAUGCGAAUCUAAAAAAAAAAGUGGAAUUGAUAUAUGAGAUAGUUUUGCUGGACGGUACUGUGGAGGAAUAAUCAGCCCAAAGUGCCUUUAAAACCAGCCACUGUCUGUGCCAACGAACAUUCAUUAUAAUAUUAAUAAUAAUAAUAAUAAUAAUAAUAAUCUAGUAUAGGAUUAUCUUCUCAUAUCGAAUGUACGCAUCACUAACAAUCAAAUGAAAAUAUUUAAAUAAUAUAUUAUAUUGUAAUACUAUUUGCAAUACUAUACAUAUAAUAAUAUAAAAGUCUCUAUACAUACAUAUAUAUAUAUAUAUAUAUAUACAUAUAUAUAUAUAUAUAUAUAUAUAUAUAUUAAAUUAAUUUUAUUUUAUGAAAGUGUACAUAGAUCUACAUAUAUUAAUUUUAGUGAUAAAUAACUUUUAUGAGAGAUAACUUUUUUCGUGGCCACUAAGAAAGAAGGAGAAAGAAAGAGAGAGAGAGAGAGAGAGAGAGAGAGAGAGAGAGAGAGAAAGAGAGAGAGGGAGAGAGAGAGAGAGAGAGAGAGAGAGAGAGAAAUAAUUGUUAAGAGUUAUCGAUGAUACCUCUACACAAAAGCUCUUUUUUACGAGGAAUCUUUUUCAAAUUUUUCAUGGUCUAAUCAUCUCUACUUUACAUUCUUAAAUCAUCUCGAAAAAUAUCUAGAAGUAGUUUAUGAUAGUGAGAAAGGAAGAAAGAAAGAGAGAAAGAGAUUUAGAUCAAUCAAUUUUUCCACUUUUACUAUUUAAUUCUAUAAAGAUAAAUAGACAGAUAUUAUUCUUACACGAUGAACAUAGGAUAAUAAAAGGAAGUAGUAUCGUAUGAGAUUCAAUGGGGCAAUAUAAAUAUUGAUAUUAAAUUUUCGAAUGUUAUUUAAUUUAAUUUUCUUUUUUUUUUUUUAUCUUUUCUUUUUUUUCCCUUUUUUAACAAACAGAUCUUUCUCAUAUUAUAUUUUAAAGAGAUAUAAUAGAAUUUCAUUAUAAUAAUAUAUUCCUUUUUCUAAAUUUGAUUCAAUGUUCUUUUCUUACAAUAUAUAAAUAUAUAUAUAUAUUCUCUGAACCUUACAUACAUAAUACAAGAAGUGUAGGGAAUUUGAUAACAGCACUAAAGGGCAACUAUUAUUACCGAUCCUGUAUUAAUUUGUAUAGUCAAAGUAGGAUGAUGGAUACCAAUGGUCCAAUAUCACCAAUUUUAUAGCUUUGAUUAAUACUCGUUAUAUAGAUCUGUUAGAACAAUCAUGUAUCCUCAUAUACGAACACACAUAUUUGUGUAAUAAAACAGUGCUAUAAUAAUAUAUAUACAUAUAUAUUUAUAUAUGUGUGUGUAUAUAUAUAUAUAUACAAUACAAUAUAAUGUUAUAAGAUUAUUGGUAUCGGCUUCCAUUUGAGAGUGUGUGUUUUUAUUAUAUGAUAUUAUUCAGAAAGAUUAUUUGUAAAAUAUUUAAUAGGAAAGUUGGAUUGUUUAUUUUAUAAAAGAAUGAUGAAUUUGCUGUUCAAGGAUUGAUUCAUUGUCAUUACUAAUAAUAAAUAUUAAGAUGAUUUAAGAGUAUUAUUGGGCAAAGUAAUAAUAAUAAUAAUAAUAACAAUAAUAAUAAUAAUAAUAAUAAUAAUAAUAAUAAUAAUAAUAAUAUAAUAAUAAUGAUAAUAAUAAUAAUGAUAAUGAUAAUAAUAAUAAUAAUAAUAAUAAUAAUAAUAAUAAUAAAAGUCUCUUCACAGGUUUUCGUUAUCAAAGAUUCGUCGUCUCUAAUCGGUGUAUAUCAUUAUUAUACAUAUAUAUAUAUAUAUAUAUAUAUAUAUAUAUAUAUAUAUAUAUAUACAUAAGUUAAGAGUGCAAUAACUUUUUUGUAUAAGCCAAAUUAUUGUAAGCGUUUCGAAUCGUGGACCAAGAGAAAACAAAAACAAAACAAAAAAUUGUGAACUUUAAUUCUUCAAUGCCAAAAGAGCUCUGGUUUAAGACUGUGAAGAAGAACAUGAGAGAAGAAAAAAAUAUUUGAUAAUUAUUUGUUAUAGGUAUAAGUAUUUAUACUCCACUUUUUUUUUUUUUUUUUUUUUUUUUUUUUUUUUAUUAAGUUCCUGACUUAUAUUUUAUUUUUUAAAUUACAUUCCAGAAAAAUUUGCCGUACUCAUAUAUAUAUAUAUAUAUAUAUAUACUUACAGAAAAACAUACAUGAAAUAUAUUAUUUCAGAAUUCAAAUGAACUUAAUCAAUUUCAAUUAGUUGGACUUCCAAAUUACACAUAAAUCAUCGUUCAGAAUUGUCAUUAGAUUCAAUAGUCGAAAUAUAAUUAAAAGUGGAGUAUAAAGUUGUGCCUUGAUUUUCUAAGUUUAACGAGUACCAUGUACUAUAUUGUCUUUUAUCGAAUGUAUUCAAUGAUAACGAAAUAAUAUAAAUGUAUUUUGUUGAGUUGAAAAAAGGAAAAGGAAAAGAAAAAAAGGGAAAAAAAAACGAUAUUUAUAUAAUGAUAGCACUGAGAGAGAGAGAGAGAGAGAGAGAGAGAGAGAGAGAGUGUGUGUGUGUGUGUAUGUGUAUGUGUGUGUACGUUUAAGUUUGGAAAUCAACAUGUUAUACUGCCAUGGGGUACAAAAUUAAUCUUUAAAAUCGUACGAUUAAUUUUAAUUAGAUGUGUGUCAAAACUUUCUCUUAUAAUAUAAUGCCCUUUAUACUGCGUACAAUUUUUAUCUGACCGAACGAUUUGCAUUUAAUAUUUGAAGGGGGAAAAAAAAAAAAAGAAAAAAAGAAAAAGAACAAACAAAAAACGAGAGUGAGAGAGAGAGAGAGAUUGAGAUUGAGAUUGAGAUUGAGAUUGAGAGAGAGAGAGAGAGAGAGAGAGAGAAGAAAAAAAAUUAUUAAAAAAACGAGAGAAAAAUAAGAAAAAUGAUUUUUAAGAGGUUUGAAUAUCAUCAUCCCUCUUUCCAAGUAAUAUUUCCAAUAAUACUUAAUAAUCAUACACGUUCUUUGGAUACAGUCGGGUUAUAAUUUUAUUAUACAUAAUUAGAGAACGGCAAUAUAUAAUACACGAAGAAAAUAUAUUUAAAAAAAAUAUAUAUAUACAUAAAAAAAAAAGAAAAAAAAAAAAAAGAAAAAAAAACAUUUUAAAGAAAAAAAAAAAAGAAAUAACACCAAAGCAUUCUAUACUUGAGCUUAAUAGAAGAAGAAUGUUAUCGAACAGUGUAGCAGUGUAUUAUCAACAUUUUUAGGUUAUAAUAAACAAAAUAUAUAUAUAUAUA